AUGUAUAAGCCGGGUGAUAUUUGGAGACAAUUCAUUGAUAUCCCGCAAAAUGUCAACUCAAUGGUGGUUCGCGUGAAGAACUGCGAGCCCAUGGAUCAGAUACAGUGUAUUUUGCAGGCAUUACAGGUGAGGCCACUUAACUCAAUCUGGAGCCACAAAAUGGAUAAAAGCUUUUCAUUGAGAGCUCAAACUGAGACCAAAUAUGCAUUUGAAUUGAAAACCUCGCGAACACUGGAAGUGUGUUUCGGACAGAAAUCGUUAUCUUCAGGCGAUAAACGGAUCCAAUUAUAUAUCACGUUUCACGGACUCCAACCCUCACUCAACUCACUCACAAUGUUUUCCAGCGAAAUGGUCGCCAGAAUUGAUAUUCAAUGUAAUAUCGAUGUCGAGGACAUUAGGCCCGCCAUUUCGGUUAACCGUUUUGUACAACUUCUGAUGCCAAUUGAGCAUAAAGUGCGCCCACUAGACAGUCGUGAUGUUAUACCACCCGCUCAACAGUUAUACGAAAUUAUGUUGACUUAUAAUCUGAAAAUGACAAAGGGUCAGGAUGUAUAUAUAUGUACUCGCUCAUUUCUUUGCGACCUGACGUAUGGACCUAAAUAUACUUCAUUAUUGUGGCUGAUAUUCAACACGAGUACCAAACAAUAUAUCGGUGCAGGUGUGGACUGGCCCUUUAAAGCUAUAACCGAUAACAGCGCCCGACGUCUAUAUUAUAAGCAACCCCUCCGACCGGACACACCAAUGCCUAUAUUCAUACGAGGGAUGGUGUCGUACCCGCCGGACAUACCUAUCAGUAACGGCGCGUAUUUCACGGGUCGUAUGGAUUUGGCUGACGAUAGCACCAGAAGAGUCGCUGAAUAUUUUGACUUCACGUAUAUUAUCGAUAGUCAGUCCAAACUAAAAAGUGAAUGUAAUGUCACAAAAGUGGAUGAAAACGAGUCAAAGAUAUCACAGGAAAAUCAAUUCAAUACAGCUGUCAGUGAUCUGAAGAUUAGUUGGGUUUCGAAGUUGAAGGGAAAGGCAUCGGAAGACCUGUUCAAUGAAUUACGCGAAACCGAUAAAACAAAUGUUAAGCUAUUAUUGGCGCGAAUACAGGCACUGGACUCAGACUCCCAGCGCUCGCAACACUUGUCUCGACAAAUAUGUUUGGCUAACGAUGUCUUAGAUUUGUGUCAAAUUAAUCAUUUAAUCACAUCUGAAGUGAUCCUAAAGAAAGAGGAGUCAAAUGAUGAGAAUAAACAGGCGCUCAAAGAGUCCUCUACCGUUUUGGAGGUACUGGUGAAGAAAGGGAUAGCCAUUUGUGACCUCAUCGAUGCACAAAACAAACCUCCAGUAACUAGUGGAGGGGACAUAUCUUUGCCCAGUGGUAAUGAUACCGGUGCUGUUGACACCACUACUACUGUGGAAGGUGUUCCCCAGUUUACACGAUCGGAUGUGAAUGAUGUGUAUAAAGAUAUUUGCAAACUAGUGGCCGAUCCCUACGACCCAAAGGCGUUUAAGAGCUUGGAGUGGACUCACGCGGAAAUACUUAUAUAA